AUGUUCGCUUUCAAGACAGCAGCAAACAAGGUCGCCCUUCCCGCCACUCGUGUCGCUUCUCGCAGAUGCAUCUCUUCUUCUGCUACCAAGUCUGCUUUGAUGUCUACUCGUAUGGCUCUUAACGCUGGUAACAAGUUUACCUCUAACCUCCUUAAGGAAGCUUAUGUCUCAUCUGCUCCUUCUCGUUUGAUGUUCUUUGGCCGUCGCGGUAUGGCUACUGAAGCUGGUGGCAAGUUCAGCCGUUCCAAGCCCCAUGUCAACAUUGGUACCAUUGGUCAUGUCGAUCACGGUAAAACCACUUUGACCGCUGCCAUCACCAAGACUUUGGCUAUUGACGGUGGUGCUCAAUUCAUGGACUACAACCAAAUUGACAAGGCUCCUGAGGAGAAGGCUCGUGGUAUCACCAUCUCCACUGCUCACGUUGAAUAUGAAACUGGCAACCGUCAUUAUGCUCACGUCGAUUGUCCUGGUCACGCUGAUUACAUCAAGAACAUGAUUACUGGUGCUGCUCAAAUGGACGGUGCUAUCAUCGUCGUCUCUGCCACUGAUGGUCAAAUGCCUCAAACCCGUGAACAUUUGUUGUUGGCCCGUCAAGUCGGUGUCCAAAAUUUGGUUGUCUUUAUCAACAAGGUUGAUCAAGUUGACGAUCCUGAAAUGCUCGAACUUGUCGAGAUGGAGAUGCGUGAUCUUUUGGCUGAAUACGGUUUUGAUGGUGAGGCUACUCCCAUCAUCAAGGGUUCCGCUCUUGCUGCCCUUGAAGGCCGUGAUCCCGAGAUUGGUGAGAAGCCCAUCCACGAAUUGAUGGCUGCUGUUGAUGCUCACAUUCCUACUCCUACCCGUGAUUUGGAUAAGCCCUUCUUGAUGCCUAUUGAAGAUGUCUUCUCCAUCUCUGGCCGUGGUACUGUUGCUACUGGUCGUGUUGAGCGUGGUGUUGUUACCAAGGGUCAAGAAGUCGAAAUUGUCGGUAUGGGUCCUACCAUCAAGACCACUUUGACCGGUAUUGAAAUGUUCCGUAAGGAAUUGGAUCGUGGUGAGGCUGGUGAUAACAUGGGUGCUCUUUUGCGUGGUAUUAAGCGUGAGCAAAUCCGUCGUGGCCAAGUUAUGUGUGCUCCUGGCUCUGUUAAAUCUCACAAGAAGUUCAUGGGUACCUGCUAUAUCUUGACCAAGGAAGAAGGUGGUCGUCAUACUCCUUUUGCCAACAACUACCGCCCUCAAAUGUUUGUCCGUACUACUGAUGUCACCGUCUCUCUUACAUUCCCUGAAGGCACUGAAGAUGCCGAUGAUAAGUUUGUCAUGCCCGGUGAUAACGUCGAGAUGCAAUGUGAGCUUGUCCACGAUGUUGCUCUUGAAGAAGGUCAACGUUUCACCAUCCGUGAAGGUGGUAAGACUGUUGGUACCGGUGUUGUUACCAAGAUCAUUGAGUAA